GAGUGGCAGAGGCACAUGGGGGAGAGGUCCCUGAACUCAGAUACAGCUGUUUUCACAGGGUAAACCUAUAGAAGUGAAAAAACGGCCACACUAUGAUUAAAAACAAAUAGAGGGAAGAGUUCAGACUGCUCAGAACCCAGGAGACAGCACAGGGCUGCUGGUGCUUCUGCAAGGCAGUUGCAAGUUUCAGGUUGGCCCAGCGCCCCCUCCCACAGCCAUGCUCCCUCCCACAGCCCAGAGCUCUAUAAAUUCAGCUCUCUAGAACACAGGCCAGAUCUCUUCCUGGACGGAGCUCAGGGCUGAAGAUGGUUCCUCUCCUGCCCUUAUCUGCUCUGCUGCUGCUGUUCCUGUGUGACGUUGACCCCGCAAAUGCCAACAGUUACUAUGACAAGGUCCUAGCUCACAGCCGCAUCAGGGGUCGGGAUCAGGGCCCAAAUGUCUGUGCCCUCCAGCAGAUUCUGGGCACCAAAAAGAAAUACUUCAGCUCCUGUAAGAACUGGUAUCAAGGUGCUAUCUGCGGGAAGAAAACCACUGUGCUAUAUGAAUGCUGCCCCGGCUAUAUGAGAAUGGAAGGGAUGAAAGGCUGCCCAGCAGUGAUGCCCAUUGACCAUGUUUAUGGCACGCUGGGCAUCGUGGGAGCCACGACCACUCAACACUAUUCUGAUGUCUCGAAGCUCAGGGAAGAGAUUGAAGGAAAAGGGUCCUACACAUACUUCGCGCCGAGUAACGAAGCUUGGGACAACCUGGAUUCCGACAUCCGCAGAGGACUAGAGAACAAUGUCAAUGUUGAGUUACUGAACGCUUUACACAGCCACAUGGUUAAUAAGAGAAUGCUAACCAAGGACCUGAAACACGGCAUGGUUAUUCCUUCAAUGUACAACAAUCUGGGGCUUUUUAUCAAUCAUUAUCCCAAUGGGGUUGUCACUGUGAACUGUGCUCGAGUAAUCCACGGGAACCAGAUUGCCACAAAUGGUGUUGUCCAUGUCAUCGACCGUGUCCUGACACAAAUUGGCACCUCCAUCCAAGACUUCAUUGAAGCAGAAGAUGAGCUUUCAUCAUUCAGAGCGGCUGCCAUCACUUCUGACCUUUUGGAGUCCCUUGGAAGAGACGGUCACUUCACACUCUUUGCUCCCACCAAUGAGGCUUUCGAGAAACUCCCACGAGGAGUCCUAGAAAGGAUCAUGGGAGACAAAGUGGCUUCUGAAGCUCUCAUGAAGUACCACAUCCUGAAUACCCUCCAGUGCUCUGAGGCUAUCACAGGAGGAGCGGUGUUUGAGACCAUGGAAGGAAACACUAUUGAAAUAGGGUGUGAGGGAGACAGCAUCUCCAUUAACGGAAUCAAGAUGGUGAACAAGAAAGACAUUGUGACGAAGAAUGGUGUCAUCCACCUGAUUGAUGAAGUCCUCAUUCCUGAUUCUGCUAAACAAGUUAUUGAGCUGGCUGGAAAACAGCAAACCACUUUCACGGACCUGGUAGCCCAGUUAGGGUUGGCGUCUUCUCUGAAGCCGGAUGGAGAGUACACGCUGUUAGCGCCUGUGAACAAUGCGUUCUCUGAUGACACUCUGAGCAUGGACCAGCGCCUUCUUAAGCUAAUUCUGCAAAAUCACAUAUUGAAAGUAAAAGUCGGCCUUAGUGAUCUCUACAAUGGACAGAUUCUGGAGACCAUUGGAGGCAAACAACUCCGUGUCUUCGUGUAUCGGACGGCUAUCUGCAUAGAAAACUCAUGCAUGGUGAGAGGAAGCAAGCAGGGGAGGAACGGUGCCAUUCACAUAUUCCGAGAGAUCAUCCAACCGGCGGAGAAGUCCCUGCACGAAAAACUGCGCCAAGAUAAGCGCUUCAGCAUCUUCCUCAGCCUCCUCGAAGCUGCAGAUCUGAAAGAUCUUCUGACACAGCCCGGAGAUUGGACCUUGUUUGCACCAACCAAUGAUGCCUUCAAGGGAAUGACUAAUGAAGAAAGGGAGAUUCUGAUUGGGGAUAAAAAUGCUCUCCAAAACAUCAUUCUUUACCACCUGACCCCAGGGGUUUAUAUUGGAAAGGGAUUUGAACCCGGAGUCACCAACAUCCUGAAGACCACACAGGGAAGCAAAAUCUAUGUGAAAGGAGUCAAUGAGACGCUUUUGGUGAAUGAGUUGAAGUCCAAAGAAUCUGACAUCAUGACAACAAACGGCGUCAUUCACGUUGUGGACAAACUCCUCUAUCCAGCAGACAUUCCGGUUGGAAAUGAUCAGCUCUUGGAAUUACUGAACAAACUGAUAAAAUACAUCCAAAUUAAGUUCGUUCGUGGCAGCACCUUCAAAGAAAUCCCCAUGACUGUCUAUACAACUAAAAUUAUAACCAAACUCGUGGAACCAAAAAUUAAAGUCAUUCAAGGCAGUCUUCAGCCUAUUAUCAAAACAGAAGGACCUGCAAUGACGAAGAUCCACAUUGAAGGCGAGCCUGACUUCAGGCUGAUUAAAGAAGGUGAAACAGUGACAGAAGUGAUCCACGGAGAACCAGUCAUUAAAAAGUACACCAAAAUCAUAGACGGGGUUCCUGUUGAAAUAACUGAAAAAGAGACCCGGGAAGAACGCAUCAUCACAGGUCCUGAGAUAAAAUACACUAGGAUUUCCACAGGAGGUGGGGAAACAGAAGAGACCCUGCAGAAAUUCUUGCAAAAAGAGGUCUCCAAGGUCACAAAGUUCAUUGAAGGUGGCGAUGGUCACUUAUUUGAAGAUGAGGCGAUUAAAAGACUGCUUCAGGGAGACACACCUGCAAAGAAGAUACAAGCCAACAAAAGGGUUCAAGGGUCUAGAAGGCGAUCAAGAGAAGGCCGUUCUCAGUGAAAAUUCAAAGGCCAGACAACAGAGUUUAUAUAAUCCUAAAUCAACAAUCUGAUUUUUAAGGGAAAUUAUAAGAGCCCCAUUGACUUCGGAAUCUGAAAUGGCAACAAACAGAAGCUAAUUGUCAAGCAAAUCUGAACGCAGAGUUAAUUUGUUUCUGAAUGAGAAACAUAGGAAAAUGAUAGUCUCCUGUGGGGUAGGAACUGAAGGAAAUAUAGGACCAUGCAGGGAUUUUAUCUCAAUGAGAGAAGUUCUGAUUAUAUUAGGAAUCCACCAAAGACCAUCAUUGUGACUGGAUCCACACAGCUAAGUCUUUGCUCAGUGAACAUGGUCAAGAAGAGGCUGGAAAAACCCAAAGCACACAGUUACCUUUCCAUGGGAGGCUAAGCUAUCAAAAGCGGUGUUCAGUUAUACAACAAGCAAGCCAAGCCACCAAAUUACAAACAGUGGUGUUACAUAUUUCUCGUGCAAUGUGGGUUUCCUGCUAAAUUUUGUUGUUUUUACACUUGAUUUAUAUCCUCGAGAUGAUUGUCAUAUGCUUUUUGCAGUACAAAUGUUUCUCUCAAACAUUUCAAUAAAAACAUUCUUCAGGUAUAAAGAGAAUUACUUCAGACUUGGUAAUUCAGAAAACUCAAGGUUUAAGUUAAAAGUGAGUUUAGACUUUGGAAUAGGACUUCAUACCUUUUUUUAUUGUUAACAAGUACUCAAUAAAGGAAUCUGAAUAACAUAA